GAGCUCUUCAACUUUAGUGGGGAAUAUUUUGUAAUUGAUCGUAUAAAUACUUUGGAUCGAGAACUGCAUUUUAGUAGUUACCAACAAGUGUUCAUAAUGAAUCUGGUACUUGGCUUACUGGCAAUCAUCACCAUCUCAUUUGCUGAAGAGCAGCCUCUUCAGCAACAAAAUCCGAAUGAGCCGAUCGCUAUAGUGAAAUAUGAAAACGUGGGAGUUAAUGAGGAUGGAUCAUAUCAAUGGAGCUAUGAAACAGCAAACGGAAUAUCAGCUCAAGAAGAAGGGCAUUUGAAAAAAUCAAAUUCAGAAGAGGAAGGUACCCAAGAGGUAUCUGGAUCUUUUCAAUAUACAGCAAAUGAUGGAACUCCUAUCAAACUGACAUAUACAGCCAAUGAAAAUGGAUUCCAACCUGAAGGAGAACACUUACCAACAGCACCUCCAGUUCCACCAGCAAUCCAGAGAUCACUAGAUUUUAUAGCAGCUAAUCCCCCGGUUGGUGGUGCAGAAGCAAAUGAAACUGGAAAGUAGAUCAACAACGGUAAUGAGUUUGGGAGAAUAGAAAUGUGAUUAGUAGAUUAGGUUUUGAUUUCAAAAUAAUGUUUUAUUGGAUUCUGUACAAUUAUGCACUUUCAUAUGAGUUGAAUUCAGAUUGUUAUUUUUUCAUGUUUUCAGACCGUAGUAAUUCUGAAAAAAGGUUCCCUCUAAUACUUCAUGAUUACUUUAAGCAGUGCUGUCAAACGUAUCAAUAUGAAUUAUAUGAUAUUAUACAUUUUUCUGUGAAGUAAUAAUAAAAACGUAUUGUUAUA